GGAUUUCUGGUUUGUCGAGGUAGAGUUGGCUGAGAGCCUGGCGUCAGGAGCUGAGCCCAGAGCGAGUCAGGGUGGCCUACGUCAGCCCCUUGGUGCUGAGGAAGGAGCUGGAGAGCCUGAUGGAGAACGAGGGAGACUCGGUGCUGUCCCAGGCAGAAUUCGUUGACAACCAUCCCAUAAUAUUCUGGAACCUGGUUUGGUAUUUCCACCGUCUCGAGCUCCCCCAUAACCUCCUUCGGCUGGUGCUGACAUCGCAGCACGUUAAACCACAGCCCCAGGAUCUCCCUCUGUGGAUGUUUCACAGCAACACACUCCUGCGAGUCAGGAUCCUGUGGGAUGUGCUGACACUGGACCCUGACCAGUGUCCACCCCUCUAUGUUCUGUGGCGAAUGUACAGCCAGCUGCCCAUGCAGCAGUGGCGGAUGGUGAACCAGCCCUUUACCCUGGCUUACCUGGAGGAAGUGGUACGCUACGUCGGCCUGAACGAGGUGCAUAAAGCGAUUGGGCUGAUCGUGGAGACUCUAGGGCGCCAGGCAGUGCAACCUCCACUACAGAGGUAGGAACCUGUUCUGACUGCGAUGGAGCAGACGGUCGCUUCUCUGUAACCACUGACUGUUU